AUGGAUGCAAAACCUCCUCAACUUGCUUCACAACCUUUGAACUAUCAGACAUGGUUCUUGAAAGUUUCCAUCCACUGUGAAGGUUGCAGGAGGAAAGUAAAGAAAGUUCUGAAGAACAUUGACGGUGUUUUCACUGCAACAAUAGACCCACACCAACACAAAGUAACAGUCACUGGAAACGUUGCUGUUGAGACCCUUCUCAAGAAGCUGGUCAGAGCCGGAAAACACGCCGAGAUUUGGCCGGAGAAUCUCGACGGCGAGGGAAAAAUCUCUGGCAAUGGGCAAAAGAAAAAGAAGGGGAAUGAAGCAAGAGAACUACAGAGCUUGGAAAAACACAAGGGAACUGAAAAUGCUUCCGCCAAGUGUACCAGUGAGAACAAGAGCAGCAGCAACAACUUGCCGGAAAAGGCCUCCUCCGGUGAGCAGGUUUCGUCCGAGGGUGGUCGGAGCGAGGGUGGUCGGAGCGAAGGUGGUAGUUCUUCUGCUAAGAAGAAGAAAAAGAAAUUGCAGAGUGGUGGUGGCAACAGAAACAGUGGUUUGAGUUCAGCAGCAGCAGCAGCAUUUAGUGGUGCACCUGCACACAGUGGAUUGCAGUUUCAGGAUCUCAUGGGCCCAGUGAAUAUGAGCCCUACACGUCAGCAAUCGUUUUUGUAUUCAGAAAGUGGUUACCCCCUUAUGGUUUACGUUGCAGCUUAUAACAGAUUUUAUCCUUCGUACUACGUUCCAUCUUCACCCUACACGUGUGCUGGUCUAAUCCAAGACUGUAAUCAAUUUCAAUCGGCACCGUCUGUUUUCUUCGAGAUCUUCAGUGAUGAAAAUGUUAACGGUUGUUCUGUUAUGUGA